CCCCAUUGACUUUGCUCGGUCACAAAAGCAGAUCACACGAUCCGGAGAUCCUGCAAUCAUCAUCAAUGUGAGCCAGUUGCCAACUGUCCGAAUUUUGAUUAUGUCACCGUGGGGGUCAUUCUGCAAUGAUGUGUGAAAAAUGGUGACAAGUCACUCUUUUCGGCGACAUUGUAACUUUGAUAAAAAAAACUGUUAUAAGUCGAGAACUACUUGAAUGAAACUGUCUCCAGGCUGCCAUUGAGUCGGCUAACAUUUCUUUCUCCUGGCUCUCGUCCCCUUCUAGAAAGGGAAUUGUUCAGUCCCACCGUAAGCAGCAAGGAAGAGACCAUCUCUAUGCCAUAUGAUGGACCCUUCUGUGGAAAGGCCAAGGUCCACACGGAUUUUAUUCCCAGCCCCUACGAUAAGGACUCUCUGAAGCUUCAGAAAGGGGACAUCAUCCACAUCAUUGCAAAACCUCCCGUCGGCACCUGGACCGGCCUCCUGAACGACAAAGUGGGCUCCUUCAAAUUUAUCUACGUCAGCAUCAUCCCUGAAGAGAUUGUUCCGGCUACAAAGACCUGUUCGCGGCACAGAAGCAAAAGGCCAAAACCCAAAACCUUGCAGGAGCUGUUGCAACGGAUGAACCUUGAGGAGCACACCUCUACACUGUUACUAAAUGGUUACCAGACCGUGGAGGACUUCAAGGAACUGCAAGAGAACCACCUGAAUGAAUUGAACAUCACUGACCCACAGCAUCGCACCAAACUGCUUACGGCAGCCGAUCUCCUGCUGGAUUAUGACACAAGCAGUGAGACUGAAGAGGAAGGAGGCAGCACCUCGGAGGGCCAGCUCUUUCCCGGAGAGCUCAAAGAAGACAUUCCCCGUGAUUCCGGCUGUUUUGAAGGGGCGGAGACUCUGGACAGUGGGCGGGAAGACGACGUGAAGCUUGAGGAGGGGCUGCCAUCCCACUCUCUGACCAGUUCGAGCUGAGAUGGAGGAAGCCUGCUCUCUCUGCAUCCUGAGCCCCGGUUGGCUGGCUGGCUGGCUGGCAAGCACCAGCUGUUCUUCCAGGAACAACACGCCUCCAUCCCUCCCCCUGCAAAGAUAACUCUUUCGGCUGAGUAGGAAUACAGCUCCAAGCCCUGGCUGAUAAAUAAGGAGAAGGCUCAGAUCCAAAGUGCUCAGAGGACUGCAGCAAAGACUCUGUUGCCGGACUCUUGCAUGCAAGAGGUGCCUCUUUUCAGAGUUUGGCCUGCGGUGAGGAGAUGCUACGCUGAGACUUCCUAAGAAGCAGAGGUUUUAUCAGAUUAACACCGUUGCAAGGGACCUUGCAGGUCAUCUAGUCAAACCCCCUGCCCCAGCAGGAGACCCUACAUCUGCCUCUACGGAGGAUUGAACUCACAAACUCCGGAUUGUGAGGCGAGAGCUCCACCUCUAGGCCAAAGCAGUCCAUCAAACUCGCCUCUGCCUCCAUGUGCCCAGUCUUCUCUUUGGGUGCAAAUAGUGUUUGCUUGCGCCCCCCCCCCCCCCAGCUCUGCGCAAUCCAAAUACCGCCACAAAGAACUUCUGAAUGGGAUUGGGGCUUCUUCCAUCCUCCCCUCACUGAGAAGAGGGUCUUCACUCUUGUAGCUGUAGUUGGGAAGAGCAUGGGGGGGGGAGGUACUCUGUUCUAUUUCGUUUCCAAUAGGUCUACUUUAUUGUAAAAAGCUGGGGGUUUUGUAGUUUUUAGAACAAGAUUCUAAUGAAGAACAGGUAGGUGCAAUUUCUAAACUGGCUUACUCUAUGACAUGGCAAGCACUAUUCCCCGGUACCGAUUUUUCAAAUAAAGCACAUUUUUCCCCUCUGGAGUGUAGUUGUGACCUGUAUGUCUGUGUUGUUUUUAGAAAAAUUAAAAGGUAAAAUAUUCCAAGGGAGGGAGGGAGGGAGGGGGGGGAGAGAGGGAGGGGGAG